UCCAACCCGAGACUGCCAUAUGACGUUGGUCGUGAGCUCCGCUUGCUUCGCUCGGCGUGACACUCGCAGGAUAGUCCAAAUACCGUGACACGGUGAAGACCGCUGGAAUAACGGAACAUACCACUUCGCAGCAAAGGGGGCUGUGCAACCGGUCCUGUCCACAUUUGCAGCAAUACACCGUCCACAGUCUUGAAUUUACAGCCAUGACACAGUGGAUGCUCACCAUUGAUGCAAGCCCUAUGACUUCUUGUUUUUUCAUCUAGCGGAAGGUGCACUAUCCAAUUAUGGAGUUUUGAAAGGAGAGUGGUGUGUUUUGGGGGGGAAGGGGGCCUUUCCCCUCAAGUUGGAUGGUUGGACUGUUGUAUAAUGGCAGAGGGUUGUUGAAAUUGCUGCCUUUUUUUAAAAUUAUUUAAAACAUAGAAAGAGGGAGAAACUAUUUUUUGGUAACGCUGAAAAGUAUAUUUGUACAAUUUUAUAUAAAAGUAUAAAACAGUGUUUACUGAAUUCUUGAUGCCAUUGUAUGCUAUAAGCACUUUAAGUUGUGUUGUGUUGUUUGUCAAAAUGGUGGACUGAAACGAGCCAGAACAAGGCUCUGGGGUUGCUAGGGUGCAGUGGAACUUAAACACAAGCACAAUUCUAGCACCCCAAAACUAUAUUGACUCUUCAUUGUGUAUGUAUAUAUAUUUUUUCCAUUCAUAUCUUCUUUGAGAGCAGCUGUUUAUUACAUCUAAGCUUGACUGGAGAGAGGUCUGGGUUUGUUACAUUGCAUGGUGUUGUUUUCUGUUUGUGGUUGUGGUUGGCAGGCUGUUGUGUGGACAGGGUAAGACCUAUGUAAUAGCAAAGGGGGGUUGGUUUAGUUGGAAAGCGUAGAUAGAGGUCAGGAUGAGUCUGGCAACACCAGACUGUACACCAAAAUGCCGUUCACCACAACAUGCAAAUGAGGUGGUGGCGGCAUUGACAGGUGGAUCUGAGGGAAAACUUAGGGCAUUCUUAAAUGCACAUUGCCACAAUGCAGCGACUCUAAGAGACGCUUUUGGUCGCACGGCCCUGCACUUGGCAGCUUCUCUGGGCAAGAAGUCUCUCCUGGAGUGGCUCGUAGGGAGUAAGAGUGCUGACCUAAUGGUAAAGGAUAAAGAAUCUGGCUGGACUGCUCUUCACCGCAGUGUCUUCUAUGGACAAAUACACUGCCUCAUGGCACUAGUUAAGCAUGGCGGACUGCUCUCCACACAGGACAAAGAGGGUCUCUCUGUUUUGGACUUGACGAUGAAGGACAGACCAUCACACGUUGUCUUUAAAAAUACUGACCCAACCGAGGUAUACACUUGGGGCAACAAUACCAAUUUCAGUCUUGGACAUGGCAAUCAGGAGAGCAGACAUCACCCUGAGCUUGUUGAUGUUUUUGCUAGAACUGGAGUGUGCAUCAAGCAGGUUGUCCUGUGUAAGUUCCAUUCUGUGUUCCUGUCUCAGAAGGGCCAGGUCUUCACCUGUGGACAUGGACAAGGAGGACGCCUUGGUCAUGGGGAUGAACAAACUUAUAUGGUUCCACGGAUGGUGGAGGGUCUGCUUUCCCACCACUGCUCCCAGGUGGCAGCAGCCAAAGACCACACAGUGGUGCUGACGGAGGAGGGCUAUGUCUACACCUUUGGCCUCAACAAUUACCAUCAGCUCGGCCUAGCUCCUCCGCCCACUUCAGCACAUGGCCCUAAACAGGUGUUCUCUAGGACCCUAAAGGGCAGAACUGUGAUUGGAGUCGCAGCAGGAAGGUUCCACACAGUACUUUGGACUCGCGAGGCCGUCUACACAAUGGGACUCAAUGGAGGGCAGUUGGGGUACCUGCUAGAUCCCAAUGGGGAAAAGUGUGUGACGGCCCCCCGGCAGGUGUCAGCACUGCACCACAAGGAUGUCAACAUUUCUAUGGCAGCAGCUAGUAACGGGGUGACAGUGGUUGUGACUGAGAAGGGUGAUGUCUACUUGUUGGCAGAAUACCAGUGCAAGAAGCUGGCCUCCAGGCAACUUAACAUCAAGAAAGUCUUAGUCAGCGGAGGCAGCCUUGACCACCGUGUGGACCCACAGGUCCUAAGUGAGGGAGGAGGAGAGAAGGUGGCCAUCCUUGCCCUGGAUGAGGCUGGAAGGGUGUUUUGCUGGCGUUCCUCAGGCAGCUCAGUCAGACUGUGCAGGUGGGCGUAUGGGCGACAGGUUUUUAUGUCUGACAUUGCUCUCAGCAAAACCAGCAUGAUGUUUGUGACUCAGGAAGGUGAAGGCUUCACUGGUGUGUGGGCUGGAGAAUAUAAGAAGUCUGUGGAAAAGAAAGAUAUUAGUGUAGAGGUGUGUGGCCAUUCUGAUGCUGGAACAGUGUAUGAGCGUAUCCGUCUGCAGAAGCUUCCCAAUGUCCACCGAGCAGUCAGCAUCACCAUGGACUCAAAAGGGCGCAAUUUUGGAGUGCUCCAGUCUGAUCCAAAAACAUGCUUGUACGAGAUUCCCAUCAUCUCUCCAUCCUCCUUUUCCCAACACUUCCGGAGCCUUCUGGAGGAGGCAGAUGAAAUGGACAGCAUCCAUGAUGUGACACUACAGGCUGGAGACCGCACCUUCCCUGCCCACAAGUACAUUCUGUCCAUGAGGUCUGAGUUCUUCCGGAAGCUGUUUGUGGCGGAGAGCAGCGAGGUCGAUGAGGACCCGGAUAGAGAGGUGAGGAGGAGUGAGGAUGCAGUGGGCUGUGAUUUGCUCAUCUUAGAAAAGAUCCCCCCGGAGAUGCUGGAAUACGCCCUACAAUUCCUCUACACUGAUUCCUGCGAGUUGCUGGUGCAUGGGGCAAGACCCAGAGUGUCCAGGGCUUCACUGGACCAGAACCAGCAUCCAGAGCAGGAGAUGCUGAUUAGCAACCUGCAAGACCUGAGCCUGAGAGGUCGCUCAGCACUUGAGGUAUAUUGCUCCCUAUCCCCCACAACCAAAGGAGACAGGGACAAACCUAAGGGCAAGGGCUCCAAACCAGGGAAGAAAGGAAAGGGAGGCAAAGGUGACAAAGCUGGAGCCAGUGAGGGGGGGACCAACCCUGUGAAAAACUUACAGGGCAUUGCAAAGAAGCUGGGCAUGGGGAGUCUCUCUGGGCGACUGGAUGGUGUCAAAUAUGAAAAUGGAAAGAUAAAUCUUAUACACAAAAAAACUGGAAACAAACCCAAAUUCAACCAGAAAAAGUGCUCCUACCUUUGUGACGUCACUCUGAAAUCCGAAGAUGGGAAAGAGUUUCCUUGCCACAAAAGUGUGCUGUGCGCCAGACUUGAAUACUUUCACAGUAUGCUCGGGAACCCCUGGAUAGAGGCCACUUCUUGUACUGCACUUGUGAUGCCCACAAGCUCAGACAUUCUGCAGGUCAUUCUUGAGUAUCUUUAUACUGAUGAGUCCCCCACUAUCAAAGAGUCUCUGAAUGUAGAGUUUGUCUGCAAUGUCCUUGUUGUGGCUGACCAGCUCCUAAUUACACGACUGAAAGAAAUGUGUGAGGUUGCCAUCACUGAGAAAUUGACUCUGAAAAAUGCUGCAGAGCUUCUGGAAUUUGCUGCCAUGUACAAUGCUGAGCAGCUGAAACUCUCCUGCCUCCAGUUUAUUGUGCUCAACAUGGCUGCCCUCCUGGAGUCAAAAGCUCUGGAUAUUCUCAGUGAUGAAGUGCUGCUGGAGCUCUCUGCAGCCUACAGGAGGAUGAUCCCUGCCAUGCAAAAGAGACUUAUUACCCCAUAUCUCGAUGCUCCAGACCUCAGCGUGUAUGAGGAUGAGGAUUUUGACUCGGCCUUCAGUCCCAAAACAGAACCAGAGAUGGAGCACUCCUGCAGGGAAGCGCUGCUGAAGAAAGCCAAGAUUAGAGCUAAGAAGAAACCACGACGACGCUCUGACAGCUCUGGAGGCUACACCCUCUCUGAUAUCAUUCAGAGCCCCCCCAUCACAGUGGUUUCCCCAUGCCUGGUCAAGUCAGGCAAGGCGAACUCCACCGAAUCCCUGCAGGAGCUGUUGACCUCAGACUCAGAAGGCAGCUGCAUGGGGGUGGGCAGUCCCCGAGAUAUGCAAUCACCUAUCUUCAAUGGCAGGGCUGAGGAUGAGAAGGCUGUUCAGAGGCUCAAGAUUCCACCCAAUACCCCCACCUCCCUAAGGAAUGACCCUCCUGCUGUCAAAACACUCUCAGCUCCAGAGCCCAUCCCCAAGGUCCUUAGCAGUCCUGCCCACCCAAUCCCGGUUAUGGACCUGCGGGCAAUCAUGGACAUGGAAGCAAACUCUCUUCCAACCUUUAGAUCAACUCCUAAAAGCCCUGGAAGUGGCAACAGCAGCAAGCCCUCACCUGUCUCUACCAAGCUGUCCCAGAAGCAGAGGAAAAUGAUGGCCUUGGCAAAUAGGGAGGCCACUUCAGAGUCCGCUCCAUCGAAACCAACCCCUGUGAUCACCCCAUCCAAAAGCAUUGGCAAGGCCUGGGCAACAGCAGUCUUAUCACCACCUUCCUCACGCCCGUUCCGGGAGCUUCUGGCAGAGGAGGAGAGCAGGGUGGUUAGAGCGGGGCUUCCUGGGGCCGCAAAGGUCCAAGGCAGUCUCACAUCUCCUGUCACUAUUGCUGCUCCCAGGAAAGUCCCUUGUAAAUGUGCAGAACCUGCAGAGCCGGAGAGACCAGCUGGGCCCUGGGUGCUGGGAGUGGUGGGCAGCCCCCCCUGCUCCUCCAAGGUAACCUUUGCCUCCAUUGUGGAGGAGGAGAAACAACAGGAGGCUGCACUGAUCCGCAGCCGAGAGAAGCCACUGGCACUCAUCCAGAUUGAAGAGCGGGCUAUCCAAGAUCUGUUAUUCCAUUACAAUGCACACGACAACCCUGAGGAGCUGAUAGCGGUGGAGAGGUUGUCCAGGGGUCCCAUUGCCACUCCUACGUGGAACAAACACUAACACUGCCUCUGAAAUGACAAAAAUCUAUCAGAGAGCACAAAUAUAGCAUCUCCAUACCAGCAACCCAUAGCAAAUUAGAUGGAACGUUAUUUGGCAACAUUAAUCAGUGUCAAGAUGCGCCUCAGAUUCAACCAUCCCAGAUUGGGCUUGGUCUGAUGAAGAUCAUAGGCUUAUCUCACCUGUGCUGCAUUAUUUUGUUUGUUUGGGGGAUUAUUGGCUAAUGAAUGUGUUCCCAUUAAUGGAAAGCAAGAAAAGCUGUGAGCAAGGGUUAACUUGCCCUAAUUUUGCAUGAAGAAUCACUCAUACAUAUUUGUGAAGGGGGAGGUUCCUCACUCUGCAGAUAAGUGACAAUAAAGGGUGGUUCCAAAAAUGUAUUGUCCGCAGACUUGAUGUUUAGCAGUACUGAGUUGCCAAAGACGUGAUAGUAAAUGCAGAUCGGGUCCAAAUUGCAAUACCAGUAGGGCCAUUGAGUGUAUCGUAGCAGUUCUGUCUUUGUGUGUAAGAGAAGUAAAAGUGCCAAUUGUAUAACUGGCAGAGUGAAAAGUGCUUGAAAAAUAUGGCCAUCACCAAAUAAAAGAGGUGAUUUGCUAAACAGAGAGGUACCCAGAUGCCCCAAGUUUUCUUUUUUUUUCCCUCCCUCUUGGAUUGCAGUGUUUUUCCUGAUAACUCCAGCUGGUUUGCAUGGUGAGGGUAUUCUAGGCAAGAUGUUUAAGACUUGUGAAAAUGUAUUUUUCUCAAGCUACAAAUAUAUUAUCUGAUGCAAAUGAAUGGUAGUGCCAGCUUAUGCUUGAAGGGUUUAAUUUAAUGGAAUUUGCUUUCUACCCUGUAUCAAGGUUCUACCUGCAAUUUGUUGUGGAUGCUGGGUUUAUUUAAGUUUUCAAAGAUCGCACACACACACACACACACACACACACACACACACACACACACACCAACAACAUCAUCAUCGGCGGUCACUCGGAAGCAAGUAUGACUGUCCUCUCCGUCGGGUUGUCUACUUGCGGGUCUUCAGAUGGCUGUAGAGGCCGAUUCGCGAUCCACAUACUUUAGUGUAUUGUGGACAGGGGAAAGUGGUGGUGGUUGAGCCUUUUUCUCUGCGGUGGUGUUGCUUUUUCUCUGCAGCACAGUGGAGUUCCAUUUCAUGAUGUGCAGCUCUUUCCUGCACUGAUUUUUCCAGGAGCGCCUAUCCAGUGCAAUGUGUGCCCAGUUUCUUGAGUUGAUGUUGAAUUUCUUCAGACUGGUCUUGAUAUUUUCCUUGAAAUGUUUCUUUUGCCCCACGGGAGCUCGCUGACCUUCCUUCAGCUGGAAGUACAGGAUCUGUUUGGGGAGACGUGUGUUGGACAUGUGGAUGACAUGGCCUGUCCAUCGGAGUUGGUGCUGCAUUAUUGUGGUGGUGAUGCUAGUCAUGUUAGCUUCUUCCAGAAUGCUGAUGUUGGUGUGUCUGACCUUCCAGCUGAUCCUCAGGAUCUUUCGUAAGGAUCUUUGGUGGUAAUUUUCCAGGGCUCUCAGGUGCCUGCUGUAGGUGGUCCAUGACUCUGCUCCAUACAGCAGGGUGGUGUUUUUGACUGCAUGUGGUGAUCCCUCUGGAUGUGGUAAUCCAGUCAGGAGGUUUGAGGCGGGCUAUUUUUAGGGCACCUUUUCUAGCCCCUUCCCCAUGUGGGGUGAGCAGAGUGGAUCCUAAAGAGGGCUGCUCAGUUGUGGGUACCGCUACCGAACUGCUCUUUCUACCUCGUUCCAAGAGCCCAGUGACUGAAUCUAGCUUGAUGUGCUGGCUCAUGACUAGAGGGUUCCAGAUCUCACAAUCCUGCCCCUGUCGCCACUUGCCGGUCGCCAUAGGACUUAAUCCGGGAUGUUAGGGUGGAUUCCCUUUAUGGAGGAUGCCAGUGCAUGACUUUGUUUAACGUGGGGAGACUGGUGCACAGACAGCCACGACACGGUCCUUGACAGAUCUGGGUCAGGAUCCAGUGGCAUGGAAUCAAAGACAACUGGGGGCCCAUUUCUACUGCAGUCUUCAUCCUCCUUCCCAGCCAUUUUGUUGCUCCCCUAAAGUCAGCCAUCAUCCGCCACCUGUUCCACCAUUGAGGUCUUGGUUACAUUGCUGUUUGUCAGGCACCUCCUCCUUGACCUUACCGCCAUGGGUGACCCUACCAGGAGUAUAGCUCCAGACAGCAUUGCUCUCGGGAUCUCAGGACCACGCAAGUUUCUCCACCAUGACAAGAUGACAAUCCACGGCGAAGGACACACACACACACACACACACAGAGUCCUUAAAUGUUUUUUUUCCCACACAGCCCUUAAACUUUUUUUUUCUUUUCUGACCAACAAUUUGCUCCUUUAUUGUUCAGCUUUCUUUUCUGUAUACCAUUUCUUGGCUUUGUGUUGGAGAUUUGGUCCAGGUUAAAUGUCCCUCUACUGGUCUCUGAGUGUAUGUGAUAUUGGGGAUGUGAUGGUAAAAUGGCGUGCAAUUAAAGGACUCACCA